AUGUCGGAUUUUAGAACGUUUUAUGAGUCAAUACCUAAAAUUACACGUUACUGGAUGACUGGGAGUGUGGUUAUGCCAUUACUUGGACGUAUAGGAAUUCUUUCACCUGCUUCUAUGUAUUUAAAUUGGCAAGAUAUUUAUGAAAAUUUUCAUAUAUGGAGACCAUUAACAGCAUUAUUCUACUACCCAUUAACACCGGCAACUGGUUUCAAUUGGCUUUUAAUGAUGUAUUUUAUGUACAAUUAUUCAAAAGUUGUUGAAAAUGAUUUAUUUACAAGAAGACCUGGAGAAUACUUAUUUAUGCUUAUAUUUCUUUGGCUCUCAAGUGUUGGUAUAGCAUUGGCUUUUGGAAUAUAUUUUCUCCUUGAACCAAUGGUAUUGGCAGUUUUGUAUUAUUGGGCACAAAAUAAUAAGGAUACCAUUGUAUCAUUUUGGUUUGGAUCACGUUUUAAAGCUAUGUACUUACCAUGGGUAUUGUUAGGUUUUAAUAUGAUAUUAAGAGGUGGUGGUAUUAAUGAAUUAGCUGGUAUUAUUGUUGGGCAUAUCUUUUAUUUUGCCACUAUCGAAUAUCCACUUCAACAUGGUGGAAGACCAUUAUUAACUUGUCCACAAUUUUUGAAGACAUAUUUUCCUGAUGAAGUAGGAGGUUAUCAAUCAAUGAAUGGUCCAAGAGUUUCAGGGGAUGGAAGACCUGGUUCUGGUAAUAAUAAUAAUAAUCAAGCACCACGUACACAUGCUUGGGGGUCUGGAAGAACUCUUGGUUCUGACUAA